UUCGAUGGAAGAAGAAGCGUUGUUUGGUCAUCAAAUGCAACAACUGCCAAUUUGGGCUUGGUGAUGAUGGGAAUCUUGUGUUUUUUGAUGGAAGAAGAAGAGGUUUGGUCAUCAAAUGCAACAACUGCCACUUUGGCCAUGAACUCCACAAUUGCAGUGCUGUUAGAUACUGGAAACUGUGCUAUGGCAGAGUUUUGAUCAUCCAACUGAUACAUUCAUGCCUGGCAUGAGAUGAGACUUAGGUUGGAUAGGAAAAUUGGCUGGCAAAGCCUUCUAUACUCAUGGACAGACAAUGCAGAUCCUCAGCCAGGAAUGUUCUCCGAAGGUAUAGAUCCAGAAGGGCGUCCACGAAUUUUCAUUUGGAAGCAACAUGAUACAUAUUGGAGAAGCAGUGUGUAUGACUAUAGUUUGUCUUAUGUAGGAUAAAAAUCUCAAGAGUUUGCCUCCUACUUCACUUUCAUUGCAGAAGGUGAUGAAAUUUAUCUAACUUUCAGUGUCUCAGAAAACUUGAUUAAUAUAAGAGCCAUGUUAACUCCUAGAGGGCAAGCUGAGCUGCUGUUAUGGGAGCAAAGUAACAAUUCAUGGGUAGUUUUAUGGCAGGUUCCAUUAGUUAAAUGUGAUUUUUAUGGGUAUUGUGUUCUGUUUAGUAGCUGUGAUGAAAAUGGUUUGCAUAAAUUCUGCCGUUGUUUGGAGGGUUUUGAGCCCAAAUAUCAGAAGGAAUGGAAGCUUGGAAAUUGGACAGGAGGCUGUACCAGGAGAACGACACGGACAUGUGAUAUAGGAGAUCAGUUUUCUAAGUUAGAAAGGAUGAAAUUUCCUGAUUAUUCAGUAUCUCUGGGAAAUAUGACUACUGUUAGUCAAUGUGAAUUACAAUGUAGUAAGAACUGCACUUGCGCGGCUUAUGCUUAUACUAAUGUGAGCAGUGAAACAGUGAGCUGUAUGCAUUGGUUUGGGGAUAUCGUGGACCUAAAGGGUAAUUACAUCAAUGGCGAAGAUCUUUAUGUCCGCAAUAAUGACUCUGAUCAAGUUGGCAAUGGUAAGUUGACACAUAAAAGCAGAAGUGUCAUUGCAAUUGCAGCAGCUGCCAUCUCUACUGGAUUGCUUCUUAUUUGCAGCUUUGGCUAUGUUUUGAGGAGAUGGAUGAGAAGCCGAGGGAGGGUAGAUCGAAGUGCACAUGAGCUUGAUGCCAACUCUAAAGCAUCGGUUGAUGAUUUAAAUAAUGGAGAAUUGUUGUUGUUCAGUUUGAGAAGUAUAUUAGCUGCUACUGACAACUUUUCUGAAGCAAACAAACUUGGAGAGGGUGGGUAUGGCCCUGUUUGUAAGGGGUAUUUGCCUGAAGUGCAAGAAGUAGCCAUAAAAAAGCAAUCAAAAACAUCAUUACAAGGAACAGAAGAGUUUAUGAAUGAGUUGAAAUUUAUUGCCGAACUCCAACAUAAAAAUCUUGUCAGGCUUUUGGGUUGCUGUGUUGAACAAGAGGAAAAGAUACUGAUCUACAAGUAUAUGUGCAAUGGAAGCCUAGACAAAUUGCUAUUUUGUACACACGUUUACCUCUUUUCUGAAACUUUUGAUAAACAAUUUCUGUAAGUUUUAUAGUCUCUGAUUUUCAAUUUCCCAUCACUGAUUUUGUAUUGGUUUUCCAUUAGAUCCUUCUAAGCAAGCUAAUCUGGACUGGACUGGACUAAACGCUGCCAGAUCAUAGAAGGGAUUGCUUAAGGUCAAAUCUACCUGCACAAGUAUUCUAGAUUGAAAGUCAUUCACAGGGAUUUAAAAGCAAGCAAUAUUCUGUUGGAUGAAGCAAUGAAUCCCAAAAUUUCGGACUUUAGAACUGCAAGGAGUUUCGGAAUAAAUCAAAUUGAAGCAAAUACCAGGUGGGCCGUGGGCACAUAGUAAGAAUAGCAGAUAUUCCCAUUUGUAUGAAUUUUGAAUGAGAUAACCUUAUUUGUACUGAUGCUACCACUACUAUUUCAUCAACAUGGUUACAUGUCACCAGAAUAUGCGUUAUACGGUAAAUUUUCUAAAAAAUCAGAUGUAUUUAGGUUUAUAGUGUUAAUGUUAGAGAUCGUGAGUGGCUAGAGAAACCCUAGUUUUCAUCUCACCAAACUCUUGCUAACCCUUUUAGGAUGGGU